AUACUUUGUGAACAACGAUAGUGCUUUAGUUGCAUUUAGGUGAGAUAAUAAUUCUGGAAUAUCAAUGAAACAUUAAGAGUGCUCUACCGGGUCACCCUAUGGAUAACAUAGAAUUGUGAAACCCCGUUUCGGUUGUCGUUUCCGGAAAUGAUUCAUGCUAGCGACGGAGACUUUAGUCGCCGAGCCAUCUUUCCUCAACAGCUGCAUCGUGUGUAGGCAUAACCAAGUAAAGGAAGCAACGGAAACAACUCUCAGUUUUCAAGGAACAAGGCACCAUCGAGCUGGGUUGUUUUCAGCGGUUUGUGUACUUCUCAGUCUCGGCCAUCGAUGACCAGUUAAGAGUCGUGACCAAACGAUCGCGAAUUACUCGAUGUGGUUAACUAGUAUAUACGAAUUAUAAAGACUUUUUGGAGGCUGGAUUAACAUAAAACUAUUGGAUAAGCAUGUCAGCAGUAGAAACCUCGAUGAAUGCAGCAAAAAGAGAAGCCUUUUUUCGUGGGGGGAGUGGAGAUGGACCAACCACAAAGUUUGACCCUUCUGCUCGUCUUGGAUAUGACAGGGAAAGGGUGAAGGAAAAGGAAUAUAUGAGAGAUACUGAUUUUGAUAAAGAGAAGGAACGAGAGAAAAAGUAUGGUGACACACACAAAGAAUUGGAAGGAUAUGUGGGCUUUGCCAAUCUCCCAAAUCAGGUGUACAGGAAGUCUGUGAAGAGAGGCUUUGAAUUCACACUGAUGGUGGUUGGUGAAUCUGGGUUAGGAAAGUCAACUCUCAUCAAUUCUCUCUUCCUAACGGACUUGUACAGUGGAGACUACCCAGGUCCUUCACAUCGCAUCAAGAAGACAGUCAGUGUUGACACAACUACAGUGCUUCUCAAGGAAAAUGGGGUUCAACUGAAACUGACCACAGUUGAUACGCCAGGAUUUGGGGAUGCUGUUGACAAUAGCAAUUGCUGGCAGCCAGUCAUAGACUACAUUGAUACCAAGUACGAAGAGUACCUCAAUGCUGAAUCACGUGUGAACCGGACGUUAAGUUCUGACACUCGAGUCCAUUGUUGUCUCUACUACAUUGCACCUACGGGUCAUGGGUUGAAGCCUCUAGACGUGGAGUUCAUGAAACGGCUCCAUGAUAAAGUAAACAUCAUACCCCUGAUAGCGAAGGCAGACACCCUGACACCUGAUGAAUGCAGAGAAUUUAAAAAAACUAUUUUGAAUGAAAUUGCCCAACACAAGAUCAAAAUAUAUGAGUUCCCAGAGUGUGAUGAUGAUGAAGAGAACAAACUCCAGAAAAAACUCAGGGAUCGAGUACCAUUUGCAGUGGUUGGCAGUAACCGUGUUAUUGAGGCUGGAGGCAAGAGGGUCCGAGGUCGGCAGUAUCCCUGGGGACUUGUUGAAGUUGAAAAUCUGGAACACAAUGACUUCAUAGCAUUGAGAAAUAUGCUCAUAAGGACUCACAUGCAGGACUUAAAGGAUGUUACCAACAAUGUCCACUAUGAGAACUACCGCUACAGCAAGUUAGCUCCGGUUGGAGGAGAUGGGAAGGUUAAGCCAGGCUCACUCACAAAAGACCCACUGACCCAGAUGGCUGAAGAGAAACGUGAGCAUGACCUCAAGAUGAAGAAAAUGGAGGCAGAGAUGGAACAAGUUUUCGAGAUGAAAGUGAAAGAGAAAAAACCAAAACUGAAGGACAGUGAAGCAGAUCUUCAGAAGCGUGCAGAGCAGAUGAAGAAGAGUUUAGAGCAGCAGCAGAAAGAGUUGGAUGACAAGUACAAGGUGUUUGAAAAGGAAAGGCAAACAUGGGAAGAGCAGUAUGGAGAAAGGAGGAGAUCACUGGAGAAUGCUAAAGAGUGAGUCAAGAAAUGAGUCA